GCCGCUGCCCUCAAUGCUCUCGCGCCUCGUUCUGCAACGUGUAUCUCCGCAUGUGUUUGCGUGCAAUGUCCCCACAGGAGGGUUGCGUAUGGCGCUUGCUACGCGCCAGCAGGCGGUCGUGCGGACGUUCUUGACGACAGCUCAUGUCUCCGAACCCGUCGCCAGUGACUCGGAGAGCCCCAAGGCCAAGAAAUCCACCACGAAGAGGUCCAGUGCCACCAAGACAGGAACGAAGAAGGCGGCGACGAAGAAACCCAAGGCGAAGGCUAAGCCCAAGAAAGUAGAGUCAGACGACCCCGAGGAUCGCCUCAAGGGCCCUCUCAAAUCCAUCAAGCUCAAGAAGGAGGACCUCCCACCCCCAAAGCCGGCCACGUCCUUCUUCCUCUUCAUACGCGAGCAAUACGAACGCAAGGAGAACGUCCGCACCGGGGUCGGCGCUGCAUCAAACUCGUCGGAAAUUGCAGCGCGCUGGAAGGAGCUUUCUGACACCGAGAAGCAGCCUUACCGUGAAAAGGCCGCGGCUCUGAAAGCGGAGUACGAGGCAGCCCGUGCGCGGUGGUUCGAAAAUGCGGACCCGCGUCUCAUCAGGGCAAUCAACGCGCAGCGGAAGGCCAAGAACAGGCUCAAGAUUCACUCGCCCCUCGGCUCCGACCCCCGCAGGCCCCUCCCGGCUUUCAUACAGUACAUGAGGGAGAUCCACGACACGCUCGACGUAUCCAUCGACCGACAUGCCAACACCCAGGGGUAUCUCGCGGCGCUUGGCAAGGCUGCGUCCGAGAAGUGGAAAGCGCUCCCUGAGGAGGAGAGACAGCGGUACCGCGACGAAUAUGUCACCAAGCAGAAAGAGUACGAGGAGCUGCGUGCACAGGAGAAGUCGGCUUAACUCUAUAAUACCGGUCCUGGCUGUCUUCUUUUGGUUCUCUCCCUCCGUUUGCAGCCGGUCAACCGGGCUCUUUUGCUGUUCUGUGAUUCAGAGACACGUAUCAAAUACUAAUGACGCUUCGCGCUGUCUCCCCUGCGCUCAUUCUUGCACCUCACUCCUAGCCAUACGUUUCGUGGAUGUCUAUGCUUAAUUCGCAGUGGCAUCUCUGUACAUCAUUGCACCUAUCGCCAUUCAUUCAAUAUUUU